AUGUCACGCGAAAUGGCACUCGUAGCCUACAGAAGCCUCCUGCGCUCGGCGCGCAUCGCCUUCCAAGGCGACUUGAACAUGCUCUCCGCCGCCCGCGCCGAAGCCCGCAAGAACUUCGAGCAGAACCGCAGCCUCGCCGCUGGAAGCACAGAACUCUCCGCCCAAGUCGCACACGCACAAGAGGUGGCCAAGUUCCUGCGCGAGAACGUUGUGCAAGGACAGGCGACAGACAAGCAGGGCAACUACAAACUCCGCAUACACGACGAGACGGAAAGAGGAGACAAUGAGGAUAUCAAGAAAGCACAAGGGAAGAACACGUUGGGAGGACCUGUCAAGUGCUGCUCGGCCUGAUCUUGUGUCCGCCUGGAAUAAAAUAAACCGUGAUACCCAUGCCGUCCAGAACGCCGAAUGAAUGCCUGUAAAACAUAUACAUGCUAGUUGCCUGCCAGACU